AUGGCCAAGGGAAAGCGGGGCAGCGGCCGUACGGCUGCUCAGCCUUCGAGACCCUCUGGCACCUCGACUAAGGCCGAAAGGCGUGCGGCGUCGUCAGUCUUGGAGUCAUCGGCGAUACCGGAUGGGGAGCUAUCCGACGGAUCCGCUGAUUUCCUGCCUCUUACUGGGGGCCGCGAUGACGAAGAAUCUAGUGAAUAUGAGGCGCUUCUGAUGCGACAGAUGGGACUGGAGGGCGCAGAAGACGCUGCGGAUGAAGAAGACAGUGGAGAUGGCACAGGGGAGGGGACAGAAGAUAACGAAUCAGAUGAAGGGCAAGGGGCCGAAGCAGGUUCAGAUGAUGGUGAAUCUACGGAUGACGGGGAGGCGCGCACUGCAUGGGGCCGCCGGGCGAAGGACUUCUACGGAGGUAGUAGCAGUGACGAGAGCAGUGAAGACGAGGAAGAGCUACAGUUGCAAGUGGCGGAGGCUGUCAGGGUGAACGAGGUGGAAGAUGUCGAGGGCAUGCAGGAGGAGCACUUUGGUGCAGAUCCGCGGGCACUCGAGGGGCUGCGGAAGCUGCUGGACAUGCAAGGAAAGUCACUGGCCUCAGACAAGGCAUCAGAAAAAGCGGGCGAUGAAAAGACGGAGCAGGAGUUUCUGUGGCAGGCUCGACUAGAUGCGGAAGUCGGAGCCAUCCUCGACGGUUUCUCAAUGUACGCGGACCAGCAGCACCAAAAGGCACAGGCAGCGGUAGUGGGGCUUAGCAAGGAGGAGCUGGAGAAAGUUGUUGCGUCUGCACACCCCGAACUGCAGGGGCUGUUGCGAGAGCUGCGGGAGGCGUUGAAGGAAGUCAACGAAAAAGUGAUGCCUCUUGUGGCGCUUGCGCGGAGCAGGAAAUUUUUAACCAGAGAAGGCGUUUCUCUGUUCGACACGAAGAACCAGCUGCUGCUCUCAUAUCUGAGCUACCUGAGCUAUUACGUGGUUUUAAAGGCGCAUGGCGUCUCUAUCGCCAGCCACCCGGUGGUUGAGAGGCUUAUUGAGUCGCGAUUGCUGCUACAAAAGAUCCGCCCCGUGGAGGCGGCGCUCAAGCCCCAACUGGAGCAGCUUCUUCUGAUGGGCCGAGAAGAAGGGUCCAAGGCUUCUGCGGCAGCUCCUCGUGCCAGACCCGAAGCUUUCGCUGCUGUUGGCGAGUCUGACGAAGACGCGGAAGAGCCUGAUUUCCAGAAGGAGGGGACGGAGGACGGGGAAUCUGGCAGCGACGGCGAAGCUCAUACGGACGUGCAAACCUAUAAAGCACCCAAAAUGCUGGCAAUGGAGUACACUCAGGAUAAGGUCUCCGCAAAGGAUAAGGCUGCACGAGAAUUGCAGAGGGCUGCUGCUCGGCUGCAGAAGAGCGAGCUGGUUCGCGCUGUUCGGGCAGUGGCUGGCGAUGCACCAGAGGAAAUUGGAAUCGAGCGGUGGCUAGCCGCCAAGGCGCACGGCCAGGCUGUGCGGGAGGCUGGUCUUCUUGGGGCGAGCAAAUUCGACGAUGAUGAUCAGGAGCUGGAAAUGAUGAGGCGUUCUCUCUCCAAGAAAGAGCGAAAGGCACAAGCGGCUCAACGCGCCCUGUUUGAACGCCGUGCUGCUGCUGCUGUUGGCUCGACUUUGGAGGAUUUGGCAAUUUUCGCCGAUGAGUCGAUUGCGCUAGAAGAUGAUGGGCUUGAAUCUGUUGCUGGUCCGAUACAACGGACGAAAGCACGGGGGGCUCUUGGCCAUUACCUCAAUGCAGCCAAGCAGGCAGCAGACGAGGCAGCGAAGACUAGGAAAGCCAACGCGGAGAAGUUGGUACUUUCAAGGCAACAGAAUGUUCAGCAUCUUAGUCGGCGUGUAAACGACACAGGCAGACACAGGGCUCCUUUGCCCAGUAACGAUGUUGAACCGGACGAGGAGUUCGAGGCCCUCGCGGGCGAAGCCAGAAGAAAGAAGGAACUGAAGAAGAAACGAAUGCAGGAAAAGGCCAUGCAAUUCCUCCCACAGAUCGAGGAGGAAGUGUCGGGUCAGAGAGGCAUCACUCGCGAGAUCGAGAAGAACAAAGGUCUUAUCAGAAAGCGAAAGAAGUUUGAGGGGAAUGCCAGGGUACACAACAGAAUGAAGUAUCAGCAGAAGUCGAAGAAACUGAAGUCGAUUCGCCCGGAAAUGCGCGCUGUGGAGGACCGCAACUACGAAGGCGAAACGUCGGGUAUUCGAACAAAUUUGAAGAAGUCGAGGACUCUUCGCUAA